UUAUUUCUACACUUUCAACCCCACAUUUCACGCCAAAAGAAAUGUUUGGUUUUCGGUUUUAAGGCGGAGUUAAGUCCAAUAAAUUCCGCAUUUAACUAAGGCAGAGGCGUCAGUAAGCAGUGCAACUCUCAAGAGGACCGGAGAAGCUUUUCCUUUGACUUUUGGGGACGAAUCUUCGCAUUUCUCUUCGGACGCAGUGAGACUGCAGGAGUUUCCAUAAAGACACCUUUGAAAGGUUGCAGGGAUCAACAUGAAGCACAUGUCUUUGUUGUUCCUCCUGGCACUGGGGAGCCUGUAUGGCCACGACAGCCAGUCUCUAGCCCCCUCCUACGGGGAGCGGGGCUCUGACGUCGGCAUGCAGGUGUUCAGGGAGGUUUGCAACACCAAGCCCCAGGACAACGUGGUGCUUUCACCUCACGGAGUGGCCUCCAUCCUCGGCAUGCUGCUCCCCGGAGCCCACGGGGAAACACAGAGACAGCUCCUCAAAGCUCUGCGCUACAAGAAAACCGGGCCUUACAAAAUGUUGAAGAAGCUGCACAAAGCCUUGACGGCCAAGUCCAACCAGGACCUCGUGCUGAUGGCCAACGGCUUGUUCAGCCAGAGGGGCUUCCCCAUGGAGAACGCCUUCGUCACCGCCAACAGGGCCAACUUCCAGUGUGAGAACAGGACCCUGGACUUCAGCGACCCCCAAGCAGCAUCCGAUGAAAUCAAUGUUUGGGUCAAUGAUAAGACCAAAGGGCACAUCCCUACGUUGGUCAAACCAGACAUGCUGGAUGCAGCAAUGACCCGUCUAGUCGCCGUUAACGCCAUUUACUUCAAAGGCCUGUGGAAGUCUUGCUUCAAGCCUGAGGACACCAAGAUGAGGCCGUUCACUGCGGGAGAUGGAAACGUAUAUAAAGUUCCAAUGAUGUCCCAGCUAUCGGUGUUCAACAUAGGCAUGGCCACCACACCUCAGGGAAUCAAAUACCGGGUCAUCGAGCUGCCGUACCACGGCGACACCAUCAGCAUGCUGAUCGCUCUGCCCUCCGACGAGGACACGCCUCUGUCCCACAUCAUCCCACACAUCAGCACCGCCACCGUGCAGACCUGGUCCAAGCUGAUGCACAUGAGGAAAAUCCGCCUCCUCAUCCCCAAGUUUACUGCAGAUGCAGAGGUUGAUUUACAAGGUCCCCUCUCAGUGCUGGGAAUAACAGACAUGUUCAGCCAGGCCAGAGCUGACUUCAGACACCUCAGUUGCGAGCCGCUGUUCGUGUACACGGCACUCCAGAAAGCCAAGAUUAUUGUGAAUGAAGAUGGAACACAAGCAUCAGCUGCCACAAUUGCCAUUUUGAUGGCACGGUCUUCCCCACCAUGGGUCACAGUGGACAGACCUUUCCUCUUCCUCAUCAGACACAACCCAACAGGUACCGUUCUGUUUAUGGGUCAGAUCAACAAGCCUUGAGUUGUGUGUUGGGUAGCUCCUCCACCACGAAUGCUUCCACUCUGCCGUGCAUGAACACACCCCUGGCUGUAGACCUAUGUACACUGUGGACAUAUGUUAUUUGUUUUAAAUGUUGCUUUUUAUGUUACUCAUUUUCUGUAAUACAUGGCAUGCUUUAUAGGAUGUUUUGCAGACUAAAGUUUUCUACUAUUUUUAAUUUUUUGGGAUACUUUUUGGACUUUAUUCCAUUUUUUUUAAAAGAUGUUGAAUGCAGAAUGUGUAUUUUCUCCGAUCUAACUCCAGCCUGUGUUGCGUGUACCUCUUAAGUUAUGGUAAUGUGCCUCCCGUCUUAAAGACUUUGUUUUGCUACUUUUGGAAGGAUUUUUUUUUCCCCUUACUGAGGAAGUCUUCUGUUAUACUUGCUUCAUAUUUGGAAACAUUAAAUACACAUAUUUAAAAGAUCA